CCCGCGUAGUCGAGGCAGCCUCGCCGCGCGGGGAUGGUGAGAGCCCCGGGCGGGUUCCGGGGGGCACCUGAGAGUGUGUACAUCGGUUCAGGACCGGUCCCAUUUCCAUCCUGGUCCAGAGGUGCCGUGACCCCCCUGCCUGUUAGCCAUCUUCCCCCAGAAUGGACCGCAGUGGCCUCUUACCCUUCCAGCUCUGGUGUCCCCGGCCAUUUGGCACCUACUCUCAGAACCAGCCACGGCCACCUUCCGGGGGCCUCAAGCCAGCUACCUGCCCAGAGCCUGGCAGCGUCCCCGAGCCCGACCUUGGGCCUGCCCACUCAGAGAACACCCCGCCCGCCUUGGCCUCGGAGGCUCCCGCUUCCCAGCAUGCUCCGCUCCUCUCCGCAGCCGCAGCUGGUGACGAGGGUCGGGUCCUGCUGGACACGUGGUACGUCAUCAAGCCUGGCAACACGAAGGAGAAAGUGGCUUUCUUUGUGGCCCAUCAGUGUGGAGGAGGCAGCCGGGCCAGCUCCAUGAAGGUCAAAGGGCACUGGGGCAGCGACAGCUCCAAGGCCAAGCGGAGGAGGCGCUGUCUUGAACCCACCAAGGCUCCUCCAGAUCCAGGGGGCCAGGAGGGCUCCCCAGCUGCCGAGGGGGGCCCAGGCUCAGCUGGGGACGAUGUAGACCUGCUCUCGGUGGCCGAGAUGGUGGCCUUGGUAGAACAGAGGGCUGCCCUGGCCCUGCAGACAUACCCACGGCCCACUGCCCCGGCCCCCGUGGUUUUUGUGUCAGCCGAGCAGGGGGGGCCCCCCAAGGGGUUGGGGUCCGAGCGGCGGUCUGGUGGUGGCGGCGGUGACUGUAGUCGUGUGGCUGAGGCGGUGGCUCACUUUGAAGCCCAGAGGGACAGUCCUCCCACCAAGGGCCUCCGCAAGGAGGAGCGGCCCGGGCCGGGGCCUGGGGAAGUGCGGAUUGCCUUCCGGAUCUCCAAUGGCCGCGAGUCCCGGGCAGCCGAUGGCAGCUUGACCAGCGCGGGCGGGGGCCGGCCUGGUUGUACCUAUCCUGGUAGCCCAGGCCCUGGGGCUCGAGCCAAGGACAAGAUCACCUGUGAUUUGUACCAGCUCAUCAGCCCCUCUAGGGACGCCCUGCCCAGCAACGUGGAGUUCCUGCUGGCCAGGGCGGACGAAGCUAGCGAGGGGGAGACCCCGGCUCCUUCCAGGCCAGACGACACCCCCCCAACACCCCCUCCUCCACCAGCCCGGGACUGCGGCGCAUCAGGCUUCCAUGUGGACGUGGUGGUGACAGGCGUGGUGGACGAGUGCAUCUUCUUUGGCAAGGAUGGCACGAAAAACGUGAAGGAAGAGACGGUGUGCCUGACCGUGAGCCCCGAGGAGCCACCCCCACCGGGCCAGCUCUUCUUCCUCCAGUCGCGGGGGCCCGAUGGGCCCCCCGAGCCACCCCCAACAGACACCUCGAGCGCGGUGACAGGCCCCGACGACACGGAGGGGCCCGCUGACACAUCCCUGUGCCGCCUGUACCGUCACGUGUCCCACGAUUUCCUGGAGAUCCGCUUCAAGAUCCAGCGCCUGCUGGAGCCCCGGCAGUACAUGCUGCUGCUGCCCGAGCACGUCCUGGUCAAGAUCUUCAGCUUCCUGCCCACCCGGGCCCUGGCCGCCCUCAAAUGUACCUGCCACCAUUUCAAGGGCAUCAUCGAGGCGUUCGGCGUGCGCGCCACGGACUCCCUGUGGAGCCGGGACCCGCUCUACCGCGACGACCCCUGCAAGCAAUGCCGCAAGAGGUACGAGAAGGGCGACGUGUCGCUCUGCCGCUGGCACCCCAAGCCCUACCACCACGACCUGCCUUACGGACGUUCCUACUGGAUGUGCUGCCGCCGAGCUGACCGCGAGACACCCGGCUGCCGCCUGGGCCUGCACGACAAUAACUGGGUCCUGCCCUGCCACGGGCCCGGCGCGGGCCGGGUGGGGCGGGAGGAGGGGAGGUGA